AAGCUCGACAGAUCAUGCUUCUUACACUGCUACAACGUGGCGCCUGUGAAGUUUUGUAUAGGAUUCCGAAUAGCAAUGAUCAAGUUGAGCUCUCCAGAGAACCCUUCGUUAUUAUUUGCGUCAACCCAGACGUAAUUUAGAGACAAGGUUCUCGUUCUGCUGGGGUAACGGACCAAGACUGGCAGUGAGAAGUUGUCCGACGUCAGAGACUACUCCCCCAAGUGCACAGCGCGACGUAGAGGACACACCAUGAUGGAGAAGCCUCCAUUGCCUAGCGAUGAGGAGGGUACUAGGAUGGGAGAGAGUCGGUCGGAGACGGAGCUCCUGGACUUGGGAGUGCAGGGGACCUCCGGGGGCGUGGCUUCAUCUGGGGAUGCAGACGACCGCCCGGCGUGGGACAGCAAGCUGCAGUAUGUACUGGCUCAGGUGGGCUUCAGCGUGGGCUUGGGGAACGUAUGGAGGUUCCCCUACCUCUGCCAUCAGAACGGAGGAGGCGCAUUCAUGGUUCUCUAUGUCAUGCUGUUGGUGGUGGUGGGGGUUCCCCUGUUCUUCAUGGAGCUGGCUGCGGGCCAGUGUAUCCGUCAGGGCAGCAUCGGUGUGUGGAAGCACAUCUCCCCCAAGCUGGCCGGUAUCGGCUACUCCAGCUGCAUGGUGUGUUUCUUUGUGGCUCUCUACUACAAUGUCAUCAUCGCAUGGAGUCUCUUCUACAUGGGCAACUCCUUCCAGUAUCCUCUACCCUGGGAGCAGUGUCCCAUCAACAUGACCACCAAUAACACUGUAAAGGAAUGCUUAGGUAGCUCCCCAACCUCAUACUUCUGGUUCCGGAAGGCUCUCGACAUCACAGACUCCAUCGAUGAGUCUGGUGAGUUUAACCCCAUCAUGACGGGCUGUCUGCUGGCUGCCUGGGCCAUCGUCUGUCUAGCCAUGAUCAAAGGCAUCAAGUCCUCUGCCAAGGUGAUGUAUUUCUCCUCAGUCUUCCCCUAUGUUGUGCUGUUCAUCUUCCUCGUCAGAGGCUUGAUGCUGGAUGGAGCCAAGGAGGGAAUCGCAUACAUGUUCUACCCUAAAAUAGAAAUUUGGGCUGAGGUGCAGGUGUGGCGGCAGGCAGCCACACAGGUGUUCUUUGCCCUGGGCCUGGGCUACGGCUCUGUGAUUGCCUACUCUUCCUACAACCCCAUCCACAACAACUGUCACCGUGACGCGCUCAUGGUCUCUUGCAUCAACUUCAUGACCUCAGUGCUCGCAUCACUGGUGGUGUUCGUAGUGCUGGGCUUCAGGGCCAAGAACAUUGUCCUGAACUGCAUCACCCAAAAUCUGGGCCUGUUAAACGACAUGGCCACACAUGGAAGCAACCAUCACUGGUGGCCGUGGUUCAACAUGUCUGAUCCUGCCUCCGUCACCAUACCUGACUACAGAGAAUGGUACCAUCACUACGGCUCCCAGGUGGGGACAAACAUCACCGACUGUGACCUGGAUGAGGAGAUGAGCAAGGGUGUGGAAGGGACGGGCCUGGCGUUCAUUGCCUUCACAGAGGCCAUGGCCCAGUUCCCUGCCAGCCCCUUCUGGUCCACGCUCUUCUUCCUCAUGCUGCUCAACCUGGGCAUGAGCACCAUGUUCGGCACCAUGCAAGGGAUCCUCACCCCCCUCAUGGACAACUUCAGCCUGCUGGGACGCCACCGGACCAUGCUCACUGUGUGCAGCUGUGCCCUGGGCUUUGUGAUCGGACUUUUGUUUACCCAGCGCUCGGGGAACUACUUUGUGACUAUGUUCGAUGACUACUCUGCCACCCUACCCCUGAUCAUCGUGGUGGUCUUUGAGACAUUCGCUGUGGCCUGGGUGUACGGAGCUGACCGCUUCUUGGAUGACAUUGAGAUCAUGCUGAAAUGGCGCCCCCCGGUGUUGUAUAAGUACCUGUGGAAGUACGUGUGUCUGUUUGCUAUGGUGGGCCUGCUGGCAGCAAGUCUACUGCGAAUGGUCUUCAAACGACCGACCUACACAGCCUGGAACCACACCACGGCAUCGGAGACAACUCUGGAGUACCCAGGCUGGGCCCUGGCCAUGUUGGCCAUGCUGAUCCUGGCUGCCACCCUGCCUGUCCCUGUUGGCUACUUCCACUCCUGGCUGAAGAACCGUGGCAUGGGCCCCGAGGGGGAGCUCGCGGGCCAGGAGAUAGACCGAGAGAGGUACACCAAGUGCAACUCCAGCGACGCCCUGGACUCCAACUCCCAGCAUACCCCUUCGGUGGAGGAUGAUGGCCGACCCAGGGCUAGCUUCCUACCACUGGGCCUCGACCACUACAGACUCCUCCCACAACAGGAAGACGUGGAGGAGGAGGAAGAGGAUACGAUGUGAGAGAGGGGUUUGAGAAUCAAGGGACGAAGAGAGGAGAGUGGCAGUCGGAAAGAGAGCCCCACUUUAGAGAGCGAGAGAGAGCGAGCGUCUCUUGACUGAAAUAGUGGAAAGGACUCCACUUAUAUCCCCAGACUUUUAAUUGAUAAGGAAUCUUAAUAAUGUAUUACAAUGUAUAUGACCGUUCAUCCAUAUUACCAAAGAAGCCUAACAUUAGCACAAUGUAAUAACCUUUAUCCUUAGUGCCAACGCACACCUAUCAGUGACCUAUCAUAAGUGACCUAUCAUAAGUCACGUAUCAUAAUUGACCUAUCAUAAGUGACCUAUCAUAAGUAACAUCAUAAGGGACCUAUUAUAAGUGACCUGGGGUGGCAGGUAGCCUAGGGGUUAGAGUGUUGGGCAGGGAACUGAAAGGUUGCUGGAUCGAAUCCCUGAGCUGACAAUGUAAAAAUCUGUUGUUUUGCCCCUGAACAAGGCAGUUAACCCACCUUUCCCUGGUAGGCUGUCAUUGUAAAUAAGAAUUUGUUCUUAACUGACUUGCCUAGUUAAAUUGACUAUUUACAAAACCUAUCAUAAGUGACUUAUUAUAGGUGACCUAUCAUUAUACUGCUAAGUACUGUAAGAAGUGCCUUAUUAUAGGUGACCUAUCAUUAUACUGCUAAGUACUGUAAGAAGUGCCUUAUUAUUGGUGACCUAUCAUUAUACUGAUAAGUACUGUAAGAAGUGCCUUAUUAUAGGUGACCUAUCAUUAUACUGAUAAGUACUGUAAGAAGUGCCUUAUUAUAGGUGACCUAUCAUUAUACUGCUAAGUACUGUAAGAAGUGCCUUAUUAUUGGUGACCUAUCAUUAUACUGAUAAGUACUGUAAGAAGUGCCUUAUUAUAGGUGACCUAUCAUUAUACUGAUAAGUACUGUAAGAAGUGACGUAUCAUAGGUGACCUAUCAUUAUACUGAUAAGUACUGUAAGAAGUGCCUUAUUAUAGGUGACCUAUCAUUAUACUGAUAAGUACUGUAAGAAGUGCCUUAUUAUAGGUGACCUAUCAUUAUACUGAUAAGUACUGUAAGAAGUGCCUUAUUAUAGGUGACCUAUCGUUAUACUGAUAAGUACUGUAAGAAGUUACUUAUUAUAGGUGACCUAUCAUUAUACUGAUAAGUACUGUAAGAAGUGCCUUAUUAUAGGUGACCUAUCAUUAUACUGAUAAGUACUGUAAGAAGUGACGUAUCAUAGGUGACCUAUCAUUAUACUGAUAAGUACUGUAAAAAGUGCCUUAUUAUAGGUGACCUAUCAUUAUACUGAUAAGUACUGUAAGAAGUGACGUAUCAUAGGUGACCUAUCAUUAUACUGAUAAGUACUGUAAGAAGUGCCUUAUUAUAGGUGACCUAUCAUUAUACUGAUAAGUACUGUAAGAAGUGCCUUAUUAUAGGUGACCUAUCAUUAUACUGAUAAGUACUGUAAGAAGUGCCUUAUUAUAGGUGACCUAUCAUUAUACUGAUAAGUACUGUAAGAAGUGCCUUAUUAUAGGUGACCUAUCAUUAUACUGAUAAGUACUGUAAGAAGUGCCUUAUUAUAGGUGACCUAUCGUUAUACUGAUAAGUACUGUAAGAAGUUACUUAUUAUAGGUGACCUAUCAUUAUACUGAUAAGUACUGUAAGAAGUGCCUUAUUAUAGGUGACCUAUCAUUAUACUGAUAAGUACUGUAAGAAGUGACGUAUCAUAGGUGACCUAUCAUUAUACUGAUAAGUACUGUAAAAAGUGCCUUAUUAUAGGUGACCUAUCAUUAUACUGAUAAGUACUGUAAGAAGUGACGUAUCAUAGGUGACCUAUCAUUAUACUGAUAAGUACUGUAAGAAGUGCCUUAUUAUAGGUGACCUAUCAUUAUACUGAUAAGUACUGUAAGAAGUGCCUUAUUAUAGGUGACCUAUCAUUAUACUGAUAAGUACUGUAAGAAGUGCCUUAUUAUAGGUGACCUAUCAUUAUACUGAUAAGUACUGUAAGAAGUGCCUUAUUAUAGGUGACCUAUCAUUAUACUGAUAAGUACUGUAAGAAGUGCCUUAUUAUAGGUGACCUAUCAUUAUACUGAUAAGUACUGUAAGAAGUGCCUCAUGGUUUAGGUGCUGUAUUAACACACCCAGGAUCCUGUUCCUUGAACUGUGAUGACAGUUUCAACUAGCUGCUCACAGGUCAAUUAUAAGUAUGACUUGUAUUCUUGGGUUUCUUGUCGUUUGACUUGAUUCUGCUCCAAAGACACUUCUGAAGGUGAGGAGUAUUGAGGGAAGCGAAGGACUUUAAGUCCAGCUUGUAUAUUGCAUA